GAUAUAUCGGCCACAAUAACAAUACAAAUGUAACAACUACAGCAACAAUAAUAAUGACACUAGUUAAUAACGAUAGCACCAGCAAAAGUAGUCCACAAUAUACAUAUUUGUUGUCCUUAACAUAUGCGGGUCCGAAUGGGUAGGAACGGGGCAGGGGGCAAGGACCUCCAGAGGCGCAAGGAAUACGAGCUUAGGGUUUUACCACGAGCUGGACACGUGAUCAGGGAUAAUAUAUUUUGUUUAAGUCCUAAACCCUGGCAUUGAUUUUGACAUUCUGGUUUUGUAAGGAUAGUUUGUGAUGAAACAUAGAAUUUUGUUGGUGAAUGUGGAUUAGAUAAAGAGAUAGGAGAGAAGAGAAAUGUAAACAAAAAUGUAAAAAAAAUGUAAAAAAAAAAAAAAAAAUGUUAUUAGAAAUUCGACUGUUUAUGUAGGGUCAUUUACCCAUGGGCUAGUCAGUUAAAAAUAUUAAGACCUAAAUAUGCAGCUUCCAAGGAUACGUACUUUUCUUAUCUCAUUAUCAAGGCAAGACAACGAUAUAUCGGUGACAUUAGGUGCUGGUUGUAGCCGAGCAUAUCAUCAGUGUGUGGCUCCCAACCAAAGAAGUAGGACUGUCGUCUCGCGCUCUCACCCAGAGGGCGUCUCUUAUGUGAUAUUUGGUUCCUCUAAAAUGUUUCUAUUUUGUGAAAUAAUAGAGCGCGAAAAAGAAUAUAAUCGAAAAGAUUUUAAAUACAAGAAUUCGUUUAUUGCCGCGUGACAUAUCUAGGAUUUGCAUGGAAAAAAAACCGGGAUAAUGGAAGCAAGAGAUUUUAACGCUUUAAGGAUAUCGCUACUAAGAAAUGUGGUGAACCUUGGGGUACUCGACUCGCCAGGGGAUUGUACUACCCAAAUCACUCCAGGACACAGUGGGAAGGGAAAAGUAGAGGUUCCAACUUCUACUCCUGUUUUUUGGCCUGCUGUGAAGGAGAGCAUAGGACCUGAUAUCAUGCAGCAUUACAAGGACACAUUUAUUGACCUCAUGGGCGGCUCCAUGGGGGGUGUCGCGAGUGUGUAUGUUGGGCAACCUCUGGAUACUGUCAAAGUCAAAAUGCAGACCUUUCCCGAGCUCUACCGUGGCAUGGUAGGAUGUUUCUCUCAGACUCUGAAACGAGAUGGUGUCAGAGGUCUCUAUGCAGGCACAAUUCCCGCCCUUGCUGCAAAUAUUGCAGAAAAUUCAGUUCUUUUUGCGGCUUAUGGUGUUUGCCAGAAGGCUGUGGCAUAUUCUACUGGUGUACAGAAAGUGGAGGACCUUUCGACUUUUGCAAAUGCAUCUGCCGGAUUCUUUGCAGCAUUUUUUUCCUCUCUAACUCUCUGUCCAACGGAACUGGUCAAGUGUCGCCUACAGGCUAUGCGGGAAAUGGCAACAAUGCAGAAUAAGGAACCUGAAAGGAUAGGACCCUGGAAGCUCACGAGACAGAUUUUAAAGUCUGACGGUAUUCCAGGGCUCUUCCGAGGCCUAACCUCAACCUUUGCACGAGAAAUGCCUGGUUAUUUCUUCUUCUUUGGAGGAUAUGAGGCCUGUCGCGCGUUCAUGACUCCUCCGGGGAAAACCAAAGAUGAAAUUGGUCCUCUGAAGACAAUGAUCUGUGGUGGCAUUGCGGGGGUUAUUCUUUGGACAGCCAUUUUCCCCACCGAUGUUGUAAAAUCAAGGAUACAAGUUGCAGGUUCAACUGAGCCAAUGAUAAAGGUUACAAAGCAGAUCUUAAGAACUGAAGGUGUGGGUGCUCUUUAUAAUGGGCUAGGUCCCACUGUGGUGAGAACGUUUCCUGCAACUGGAGCACUUUUCCUUGCAUAUGAAGGAACUAAGAAGGUCCUACACAAUGUAAUGGACUAAUAGGAUAGUAAAAUGGUUGCUGCAGGUGAUGUUGAAGUAUUCAGAUUUUUCAGUGGUUGCCUGACUUGGUGCAAAUCCACUAUUUUGAUUUUUUAUAUUUUGUCAUUGUGAUUCUUAUUUUUUAUAAAGAUUAAGCUCAGGAUGUUUAUCAUGUAAAUGUAUUUGUAAAGCAAAUAUUGAAUUUAUGCCUGACUUUUUAAAGAAGCAAAAUAUAUUUCUUGGACAUGUAUAGUCUUUUAUGAGAAUUUCUAUCUUAUGAAAUAGGAGCAUAACUUCUGGUGCUAAUCAUAAGAAUUCUUUGUGAAGGCAGUACCUGCAGAUUGCACAUUAUAAAUUAAAUGAUUAAAAAAAAUGGGUAAACAUUAUCACCGUCCACUUUGAUUAUGUUCUUUUAUGUGAUUGCAGAAUUUUAGUUUUGAUAACUGAUGCAUAAUUUCUGAUAAUCAAGUUAUUAAUAACUGUAUAAGAGACUAUAUAUACUUCCACUUAUAUAAUGUCAUAUACAAAUUCUACCUAGUUUGUUACAAUGAUCAGUAACUUUCCAAAUUAUUUGCCAUUUGUUAUAUGACCAAACACUGAUGUUCAGUAAUCUAGCAUACAUAGUUACACAGGGACUUUGCUCAAAAAUAAAAAUAUUUAAGUGCCAAUAAUUCAUCAGGUAGUAACCUUGUAAUGGGUAAUGAAUGUGAUAACUAAGAUUUAUUAUCGGGGAAUAUGAUGUAUCUUUUCCCGUUUUAGCUCUGAAACCGGAAUACAAGAGGGUUUGUGUUUAACCCCUUCAUCCCUGAUAUUGUACCAGUAGGUUCUCAUGUCUUGCAAAGGGUUGUAUUAGUCACAACAUUUGACUAUGCUGAAUUCCUUGCAGAUUAUAUCAUAUGGAAAGUAAUAUGAUGUUGUUGCACAAAUUAUGUAAAGUGUGGCCAGUGUUUUUUUUCUAUUAAAGUGAGUAAGUUUUUGAUGUUUUAAAUGAUAUAUAUACAGAUGACUUUUUUGUAUAAGAAUUGUAAAGUUUUAGACUGUUUUGAUAUCUAGUCAGUUUUUGAUAAAUAAAUCAAAUUGAUGUGA